GAACCGGUCCGGUUCAGUUCAUCCAUGGGCGACGUCUCUGCACCCUUCCGAACUCUCCACCAAGCACCGAAGCAGCUAGAGCGACUGAAACUCCGAUCGGUGGCUUCGAGAAAUCCUCUCUCCGCAACCGCCGUCGCCUCCGCCGCGAGAUCGCCAGGUCGAAAAGAUAGUCAAUAAUUUGUCGCUAUGGCGACGACGGCUUGUUUCAUCAUCGUCAGCAGAAACGAUAUCCCUAUAUAUGAAGCUGAAGUUGGAUCUGCUGUUAAAAGAGAAGAUGCAGCACAUUUGCAUCAAUUCAUCCUGCAUGCAGCCCAAGAUAUUGUUCAGGACCUUGCAUGGACGACUAGUGCCAUGUUUCUGAAAGCAAUAGACAGAUUUAAUGAUCUUGUGGUUUCAGUGUACGUCACAGCUGGUCAUACACGAUUUAUGCUACUUCAUGACUCGCGUAACGAUGAUGGAAUUAAGAGCUUUUUCCAAGAGGUUCAUGAGCUUUAUAUAAAGAUAAUUCUGAACCCGCUCUACUUACCUGGUUCCCGCAUUGCGUCUUCACAUUUUGACACAAAGGUCCGCGCUCUUGCAAGAAAAUACUUAUAAAAGCCAAUUUUUGGGAACAAGCCAGUGAUGGAACAGUGAUGAGCUUGCAAGAUUUGACCACUAAGGGCUAGCGGACUCCUAAUAGCCUGUCAUCAAUCAUGCGCUUGCUGAUUUACUGGUGGAAGCAAGCGCGUUGCAGUUAUGUGCUCGUGUUGUUGCAUGAGAAUUAAAGCACUUGAUUCAUUUUGCUGAUUGGUGAUGCCAUGUUGGCCUGAUUAUCAGCAACGUGACCUGCUGUUUCUCUCUUAGAAGAUUGCCCUGUCUUUUAUUCAAGGAAUCGAAUGUGCUUUAUGUUUCUUAUUGCUGAUAAUCUGUGAUUUGUAUCUGUGACUCGUAAAUUGGACGGCUUGUAGAAAAAAGGAACUGGGUGGCAUUCGAGUAACGAUUGAAUUCAGUGUCGUUUCCGAUGAAA